AUGUUGGAUGGUAUUUCCUCUCAAUUUGCUGCAACCUUGGCCAUCAAGGAGAAGGGUAAGGUGGUGUUUGCUGGGGCGGCCGGUGACACUGCAAUUUCGCGUCAACCCUUCGUUGUAGGACACUUGGUGGGGAUGAAGAAGCCAUCACUCCCUAAGGCGGUGAUAAGAGCUCUCACAUUGGUAUGGGGGUAUAAGAAUCGACUGCAUAUGAGAGCUCAAGGGGAUCGUUACAUCUUGAAGUUUACAUGCGAGGAACGCGAUUAUGUGAUCUCGGAGGGACCAUGGUUUUACAACAAAGCUUUGUUCAUCAUGGCAAAGUAUGAUGGGCUCACAAAUCCAGUGAUAUUUCCUAUUCUUGGAUUUCCGUUCAUUGUGGAUAUCAUGGGGUUACCGCCGGCUUUGAUGACGGCAGGGGCAGUGACGCUGGUGGGUGAAACGCUAGGAGAGUUGGAGGAGAUCAAAGAGAAUGAGAUCAAGAGGGGUGCUAGGGCUCGGGUGUGGGUGUUUCACCGGCUGUCGGAGCCUAUCUGGCAAGCCUUCCCGCCAAUGAGAUUUGAAUUUGGGACGGCUAGGAUUCCGGCAAUGCUCACCUUUAGGUAUGAGCAUACAUUAGGCUUUUGUUGGACCUGUGGGUUGAUGGAGCAUGUCGGGAAGUGCCCAGGGCCGUCAGAUGUGUUUGAGGCUCGCGUAGUUGGUGUUCACUGGGUCAUCGUCAUCUAG